AAGGUAAAAUCAGGUCAAAACCCCCCUUUAACGCCCCCCACUAGUUCAAUAUUUUCCCAGGCUCCUUGUCUUCUCAACGACCUCCGACCAUCGCCGCCGACAUCCCAAUUGCUGUUUGGCUGUCAACAAGUGAAAUAUGGAAGAAAUAAGACCCGAAGAUAUGGAACCCUUAAUAUCAUGGUCUAAUGACAAUGGUGGAGAAUUGUUAGUCUACCGGCCAAUAGAAGACACAAAUGCGUCUAGUUCAGAUGAUACAAAUGAUUCAGCCGGCACUUUUCAAGUCUCUCACCAUAUUGAUACGAUGACUGCGCGUCAGGGUGACUUGACAAAGUGUCAUUCUAUUGAUAUUACACGGGUACGAUUAAAAAAAACCCCAUCUGUUGAAGUACCCGAGACUGCCAAGAUAGAUCCUCCUCUAUGCAUGGAGUGUUUGCAUUUCAACUCAGUGAAUUCUAUAGCUUUUGGAAUGAGGAACUCCAUACAGAUACGCUACUUGAGACAGGACCAUGGGGGUGAUGAAAAUGAUUUUUACGCUAAUGAGAAGAUAAAGAAAAAGUUCUUAUUUGGAGGUACGAGGUUAAUGGACGGAAAGAAGGAUGGCGUCGCCGUAUGUAAGGAAUGGACAAGACGUGGCUCACAUGAGACUCGUGUGCUUGAUUUAUCUAUUAACCAGAAAAGAGACCUCCUUGCAAGUGCCGGUGCUGAUAAAGAGGUGAAAAUUUGGAGUCUCGAAACGUCAAAACGCCUAACAGACAUCAAACUACACGAACUUAAGGUUAAUGCCGUGAGCUGGCAUCAUGGAGGACGUUGCCUUUUGAGUGGAUCGAUGGAUAGAAAGAUAUACAUGAUGGAUUUGAGGGAAGACAUAACGAAAGUAGAAGGAACCAAGUGGUGGGAAACCAAUCAUGGUGUGAAAAGCUUGGCUUGGAAUCCGACGGUGGAUCACAAAUUCAUGGCUCUGCUAGAUGACGGUGAAGUUAUCUUCUAUGAUUCCCGGAAUUUUUCACCAGAGAAUUCAAUACCGGCUUCUGAAAAUAAAGCUGACAAGAUAAGUGCCGUUGCUUAUCACCCUUGUAAAAAAAAUGUUUUUGCCACGGGGUCAAGUUCGGGAGAGUUGAAGGUCUGGGAUCAGAAUCAAUUGAGCCAACAUUUGAGUGAGCAAAAAGUUUGUAAGGGAAAGAUCUCCAAGUUGACAUAUCGAACAAAUGAUCCAAUUUUGGCAUAUGCUUCUUCAAGCUAUGAAGUUGGGACCAUCAAGGAUGAGUCCUAAAUUUGGCAUAUGGUGAAGUUGGUUCUGUUUGUAUUGUACCAUGGAGCGUCUAAUCGUCAACAUUUUUUGGAAGCACUGUCAACAAAUCCCGAGGGAGAACCAUUUUCUUUUCUUUUUUUAUUCUAAAUCUUUUUUGGUCUCCUAUUGAAAGUUCAAAGUUGGCAUUGUUUUAUUUCUCGGCUCUUCUAGCUUUGUAUAUGGCUUUUAUAUAUGUAUUGCAAGUGAUAUUGAUGACUGAGAUUUUUUUAUUUCAUCUUUCUUUUAAGUUCAA